AUGGUUUCCAACUGUAACAAGUUCUACUACGUCGAGAAGGGCACCAACUGCGGCCAAGUGCUCGACAGUCAGAAGAUCAGCCUCGGCGACUUUGCCAAGUGGAAUCCCAGUGUGAAUAACGACUGUUCUGGUCUGUGGGCCGAAGUGAACGUCUGUGUUGGCGUCAUUGGUGGAGGAACCCCCGUCACGACCGCCAAACCGUCGACCACUACAUCCGCAGGAAACGGCAUUCAGACACCUCAGCCAACCCAACCCGGAAUGGUCUCUAACUGCAACAGGUUCUACUACGUGCCUAAGGGUUCUAGCUGCAGCCAAGUGCUCAGCAGCCAGAAGAUCGCCCUCACUGACUUUGCCAAGUGGAACCCUAGUGUGAAUAACGACUGUUCUGGCUUGUGGGCUGAGGUCAAUGUCUGCGUUGGUGUUAUCGGAGGUACCCCGACCACAACUACUACCAAGAAGCCAACCACCACCACCUCUGCCGGAAACGGCAUUCAAACCCCUCAACCUACCCAGCCUGGCAUGGUCUCCAACUGCAGGAAGUUCCACUACGUCUCCAAGGGCGACACUUGCCAGCAGAUCAUCAGCUAUGAGAAGAUCACUCUGGCGAACUUUGUCAAGUGGAACACUGGCGUUGGAUCCAACUGUCAAAGCAUGUGGGCAGAGACCAACGUUUGCGUUGGCGUGUAG